CCCGACCCGACCCGACCCAUGGAUCGUCAGCGACACUACAGCACAGGCCGACCGGCGUGACACACAGUCAUACAGCCAACAACUAACACACACGAGGGGAUCGGAGCUGCUAGCUAGCGAGGGCGGCCGCGGGGACGAAAAAGGAGACGGCAAACGACGACGACGUCGACGUACGGCGGCGGCAUGGCCGACCACCUCCACGGGCAGGCGCCGGACGGGGACGGGCGGCGGGCGGGUCUGGUGGGCGGCGGCGCCGGAGGAGGGGGUGACCUGGAGAUCAAGGAGCAGGACCGGCUGCUGCCCAUCGCCAACGUCGGCCGCAUCAUGAAGCAGAUCCUGCCGCCCAACGCCAAGAUCUCCAAGGAGGCCAAGGAGACGAUGCAGGAGUGCGUCUCCGAGUUCAUCAGCUUCGUCACCGGCGAGGCAUCCGACAAGUGCCACAAGGAGAAGCGCAAGACCGUCAACGGCGACGACGUCUGCUGGGCCUUCGGCGCCCUCGGCUUCGACGACUACGUCGACCCCAUGCGCAGGUACCUCCACAAGUACCGCGAGCUCGAGGGCGACCGCGCCGCCGCGGCCGCAUCCUCGCGCGGGGGCGGACCCGGACCAGGCGGAGACCACCACCCUGGUUCCACCUCGUCCGCCGGCGCCGGUCCCAGCGCCGCAGCCGGUCAUUUCAUGUUCGGCGCCGCCAUGGACCGCCCCGACAACACCUCCUCCAGGCCCUUUUAAUCCGUCCUCUACUUCACUUCACCUGCUUGUGAUUCGUCAGAUCAACAACAAAAGCUACGAGCUUAGCUUAUUAAUUUCUACUACUACUCAUUUUUGGAGAGGUGAGUCGUCUUCGUAUUCAAUCCGAAUUCCAAGCUAUAUAUUAUCUAUCUCUAUCUAUCUAUCCACAGUUCCACACACACAUAUAUAGCUUAUUGCCUUAUUCCUUAUUAUUAGUGCUAGCUAGUCACAACAGUAGCUAUGAGUAUUAUGUACCCAGUAGUAGCUAGAGGAUUACUAGAGUUUUUGCUAUUCAUCUCUGGGCUAUAUGUAUCGGUGAAGAAGGAAUUAAGGUUGGGAUGAUGGAUCAGAUGGUCACUGAUGAUGGGGUACCAUAGAUCGAUCAUCGGAGCACCGUGGAUAUGAAGAGAGUACUACUAGGAUGGAUGAAGACGAAGACCCUACCGCCUACCGCGGAUACAUGUAACUCCGAGUGCCCAUCAUCGGGAAAUUGAUUCGAUUUUGAUUUGUUCGCGACAAGUUGUCAAUUUGUGAAGCUAGUAUGAAGCUCCAUCUCGAUCUGCACAAAUGAAACGUACGUAGUUGUUCAGUUUCAGUAUUUUUGUAGCAGGUAAGACCGUAAGAGUACUCUAUAGUUUCAGAGUGAAAUUAUUGAUGUU